GAUAUAAUGGAAGUACACGAAGCAAAGCGGUAAUAGUUGAUCGUAUAUGGAGCCUUCAACUAUAUAACAAAAUAAAAAAAUAUUCAGGAGGAAAGGUCAGCUGUAAACGACGCGUGUAUGCUGUGCUUCUUCUGUACAGUUGAAAUUGGACAAAAGUAUAAUAAGCCGUAGUCCUUUCUUAAUUUCCAACUUCCAUUCAGCCAUUCUGUUUAUCAUACGAAUCGCAUGGAAACUUGAUCUCAUGGAUCUCUCGUCUAAAAUGUAGAUAUAUACAAGUAUAGCCAAUGAAGAGAGAAUUCAAAGCGUUCUAGGAGGAAUCCAACUGCUCGGAGGACGAAGUAAAUUCACUACGAAACUCUUCCAAAGAUCAGGCCAGUGAUAUAGCUACUAUCUGAAGAGAGGAAAUGCAACAGAUGCCAUUGAUAAGCAACACCGUAAAAGGGGGAUCCACCAAGAAGGCAUAAACUACUAGCCUGCCGUCGCCGCCGCCGUGUACAACAUUUAGAAAUGUAAAAUUUGGCUUCGUGCACACCCACGCCAAACAGGACUCACUCUGAGGCUAACUUGCAACUGUAAUAUCGACAGAAGUUUAAAAGAACGCGCCGUGCCAGGGGACAGAAAAAAAAAUAGGGAUUUGUUAGAGGAAGAUACAUAGACAUCUUCACAAGUGUCCUUAGAACGUUGAGUGCACUCGUCGUCACGUGCAUACCAGCAAACUCUCGCGUUUCCUACUUUUGGUUAUGGAAUGAACCGAUGCCCGACUGAAUUUUUUAGCUGUCCGUGCUUCAGGUUCUACUACUGUCAAGCAUCAUCAUGACCCCGAUGAUGCGUCUGCUUCUGUCGACGUUGCUGCUGAUACUGUCCUCUUGCUCGAACCUUCUUUGUUCAGCGAACGGCGAUGGUGGACCUAAUAGCCCAAUCUUUAACCUGGACAAUACGGCACUGGAGAAAAAUCUAGCAGCCAUAUUUAAGUUAGUGGCACAUAGCUCAGCAACCACGAAACGCAGCGUGCCCGCCUACGAUGCCCAAGUCUCGGCCAGUACAACCCUGUCGACAGAACCGUCACCCCUGACGACUACGACCACAACGACGAGCCCGUCGAUACCCUCUGUCAGAUAUCCUUCUGUUCCUCGGGUGACCAUGUCGCCUGCCUUUCGCGAAUUGCCUUCGUAUGCUCCUCCUUCUCGCGCUCUCUUCACUCCUCCUCUACCACCGGAGUACCUUCAUCCGUUUGCAAAUAAGCCAACGCUGAGAGGAACCAACUCGGAUGUUCAUUCGGGUCUCAAGAGACCGGUACCGCCACCGAGCGGCACACCAGCUCACGAGAGGAUACCCAUUAGGCCUCCCGACCUUCAAGGCCCCUCUCAAGUGCCGGAAAGACACUCUCAUUCUAGAAAUAAGCCUUUAAAUACGCCCAGUAAGGAACAAAAUGUGGUAGAGUCUAGCGAGCUGGACAGAAGGAACAAUACCAACGAGUUCGUACCUACUUUGCAUUAUCCAAGCAUCUCCAGGAUACUGUCAGGAAGCAACGGGCGAAAACAGGAUAUUCCAGAGAUACUUUUGAAGCCUCUAGCCACGAAGAGUCCGCCACAGAAUGCGCCUGUAAUCCCGACCACCGAAAAGAUGACCACACUGUCUACCACAACGGCUAGAGCGUCCAGCACCCUAGAUUCUUCCAAGUCUGUUACACAACCAACGAUCUUCAAUCUACCAAAUACCAGGAGACAUGACGACGACGGUUACCAUGGACUCAGGAAUGAAAACGGCUUCAAGACGGAAAACAUCGAAAUCGUGGACACGGAAAGGCUACCGUACCCUCAGCCGCAACCUCCGGCUCCACCACCGAAGAGGCCCAACGAGGCCGGUGACCGUAUUGUGCCGCAGAUCGACACGUAUCCCCUCGAAUCCACUUGGCGAAUCGCUUGGUUCCUCCAUGUGUACGUGGUGGCAAUCAUGUUCACGUUAAUGGCCCUAUAUUCGAUCUACAAGAUUGUUCGUUUCAACGAAGCAACGAAUCUACUUACUCAGUCGUACUUCCUCACUGUUCAUCUGCUUCUUACGACUGUUUGUACCUUAAGGUGCUUUCACCUGUUUUACGACGCUUACAAUCUAGAACAUUCACUACCCGAGCCUUUGUCCCGGGUGCUCAUGUACCUACCAGCACCGUUGUUAUCCACAGCGUUCGCCACUUUGGUACUCUACCUGGCCCGUUGCUCGGAGGCUCCUUCGCUGAACAACAGGUUCCUGUCGCCAGCCGCACUCGUCCUAUCCUCGACCGUUCACAUAGUCCUUUGUGUCUCGCUGCAUGUGUCCACGCAUGUGCUCGGCUAUCAGGAUGAGGCGAAAAUACUACCAUUGAUCUGUCAGUGCAUCUACAUCAUCGUUUGCGUAACCCUUGGCCUAGGCUACAUGUACGUGUACCGUGUAGUGCGCUCACAAAUCCUUCUGACAAACAAUAAGACGGCAGGAACGAAUCAUAUAGUCGGUGCUGAUCCUACCACGAUGGCCUUGAGUACCGCCAUUACCACCAGUAUCGCUACUGCCCUCUUCUUUAUCCUUAUGGGAUUCGUUCAGCUGUAUGGCAUCUUCGGCAACGUCCAGGAACGACCGCAAUCGAAUCGAUGGCUAUGGUGGGGCUGGCAAUUCUUCGUUAGGCUACUAGAGCUAGCUGUAUGCGGUCUUCUCGCCUGGGUAGCUAGUCUAUCCCAGUACCCGUUGCGAGAGAAACAGCUGCAACAACAUCCGGUCCACUCUGGCUUCGCUCUGUUUCCAUGCGGUAGCUCGACCUCCACCGAGAAUAUGGACGAUGUGCUUUACCCCGCUAUCUGCAGCACCAACCAGGCGAUCCAGAAUUACACGAUGAGAACCGGGAAACAGGUUUACGACGAUAGCUUCCCGCUGAACACGCUGCCCGAACAUUUGAACAUAUCAGGUACUUUCGAGAGGCAUUCCAUUCGCAAGUCAGGCACCAUGGGCCAUUUCCCGCACGAAGGUCGCGGCUCGUUAAACCGGCACGGUAAUGGGAUACAAACUCUCAGGAACUCCGAAAGUCGUGGCAGGCACACACCGGUGCAACAGGGUGGUGGUGGCAGUGUCCACGAGCAAACACCGACCACAGGUUCGACGAUGUUAGUCGCCGAGGACGGGUUCGUCAGGUUCCGUAGUCUAGGAGCGGAAGAUGACGAAUUAUCUGACACGCCGAGUGUUGUGGGCACUCAUGGUAGAGGAAGCUCACUGGCCGGAAGUGUCAGAUUCAACACGAGACAUCCGACGCUGCAACAUCAGCACCCUCAUCAGCAUCAGCAUCAACACUCGCUACAGCAUCCACAUCAGAGUCAGCAUCAGGCUCACCACCAGUUGUAUAUCAACACGUAAAAGUCUGUUGUUCCAGGCGCUUCAGAUGAUAACUUCUUGUUCCCAUUGACACGAUUACGGUCAGAGGAGAUCGUCAACCAAGAUAUAAAAUGUUCCGUGGCUUCCUC